AUGCAGACCAUCAAGUGUGUUGUGGUGGGUGACGGAGCUGUGGGUAAAACCUGUCUGCUCAUCUCCUACACCACAAACAAGUUCCCCUCUGAAUAUGUUCCAACGGUAAGUACCACACACACACACACACAGUCUCUAACCCCUUCUCUCUCUCUUGUGUGUCUCUCGUGUGUCUCUCUCUCUCGUCUCGCUCUCUCUCGUGCGCGCGUCUCGCUCUCUCGUGCGCGCGUCUCGCUCUCUCGUGCGCGCGUCUCGCUCUCUCGUGCGCGCGUCUCGCUCUCUCGUGCGCGCGUCUCGCUCUCGUGUGCCUCUCUCUCUCGUGUUGUGUAUGUGUCGUGUCUCUCUCUCAUGUUGUCUCUCUCUCUCUCAUGUUGUCUCUCUCUCUCAUGUUGUCUCUCUCUCUCAUGUUGUCUCUCUCUCUCAUGUUGUCGCUCUCUCGUCUCUCUCUCUUGUGUGUGUGUGCCUCUCUCUCUCUCUCGUGCCUCUCUCUCUCUCGUGUUGUGUGUGUGUGUCAUGUCUCUCUCUCAUGUUCUCUCUCUCUCUCAUGUUCUCUCUCUCAUCAUGGUUUGUCUCCGCUCAUAAUCAUGUUGGUCAUCUCUCACGUGUGUGCCUCUCUCUCUCGUGUGUCUCUUUCUCUCGGUGUAUCGCUCCUCGUGGUUUGGUCUUUUCUCUCUGUGGCCGCUUUCUCUGCCUCUCGGUGGUGUCCUCUCUCCUCAGUGUCGCUCUCUCUGGUGUACUUCUCUCUCUAUGGUGGUCUCCUCUCUCUCUCCUCGGUGUCCUACUCUCUCAUCUGGUGUCCUCUCUACUCUCUGGUGGCUCUCUCUAUGGGUCUCUCUCUCUGGGGUCUCUCUCUCUCUGGUGUGUCUACUCUCUCUAGGUGUGGCGCUCUCUCUCUUCGGUGUCGCUCUCUCUCCUGUGUAUAUUCUCUCUCUGGUUGGCUAUCUCUGUUGUGUAUUAUAUGGUGUGUAUCUAUCUGGGGUGUCUCUAUGGUGGUCUUCUAUGGGGGUAUCUCGCUGGUGUUGUCUCUCUCUCUCGUGUGUCUCUCUCUCCUCUCUCUGGGUGUCUCUUCUCUCUGGUGUGUGCUCUCUCUCUAUCUUAUGUGUGUCUCUCCUCUCUGGUGUGUGUCUCUCUCUCUCUCUGGGUUGUCUCUCUCUAUCUAUUAUUCUCUGGUGUGUGUGUAUCUCUCUCUCUCUUCUCUUUAAUCUGGUGUGAUGAUGAUGUUGUGUGUCUCUCCUAUAUCUAUGUGUGUGUCCAUCUCUCUCUCUCUCUGGUGUGUGUACUCUCUCUCUCUCUAUCUGGUGUGUGGCUCUCUUGGUGUGUCUCUCUCCCGGAUGUCUCUCUCGGUCUCUCUCUCUUCUACUCUCUCUCUUGGUGUGUCUCCUCUCUUAUGGGUGGUCUAUCUCUCUGGUUGUGUCUAUCUCAUGGUGUGUCUCUCUCUCUCUCGGAUUCUCUCUCUCUCGAUGGUGGUCUCUCUCUCUAUAUCGUGUCUUCUCUAUAGUGUUGUCUCUCUCUCUCUGGUGUGUGUCUCUCUAUUCUCUGGUGGUCUUAUCUCUCUCUCUGGUGUGGUAUCUCUCUCUCUAUGGGCUGUGUCUCUCUCUCUUAUGGUGUGGCCUCUCUCUGUGUAGCCUAUCUCUGCUCUCGUGUUGGUGUGUGUGUCGUGUCUCUAUCCUCAUGGUGUAUCUCUCUCUAGUUUCGUCUCUCUCUCUCGUGUUGUCGCUCUCUGUUCUAUCUAUCUAAGGUGGCUCUCCUCUGUGUGUCUCCUCUCUAGUGUGUAUCUUGCUCUCGUGUGUCUCUUUCUCUGUGUGUAUCUCUCUCUCUAGUGCGUAUCUCCGUGUGUCCUCUAUCUUCUCGUGGUCCUCUCUCUCUCGGGUGUCUCUAUCUCUUAUGGUGUCUCUCAUCUCUCUGGGGUCUCUCUAGUUCAACUACUCUGGUUUGUCUCUCUCUAUUCACUCUAUGGUUGUCUAUCUCAUUCUAUCUGGUGUAUCUAUCGGUGUGUCUCUCUCUCUCUCUCUCUGGUUGUGUCUCUCUAUCUUAGUGUGUAUAUAUAUCUUAUUCUAUUGGAGUUGUGGUUAUAGUUAUAUAUCUCUGGUGGGAUUGUAUCUCAUUCUCUAUUGGCUUGUGUCUCUCUCGUGUGGCUCUUAGCUCUCGGUAUCUCUCUAUCUCGUGUUGUAUAUCUAUCGUGUUGUCUCUCUCUCUCGUUUGUCUCUCUCUAUCUCGUGUUCUUUCUCUCUCGUGUUCUUGGCUCUCCUCAUGUUCUCUCUCGGUCGGUGUUAUCUCCUCUCUGUCUGAGUGUGUCUCUCUCUAUCCGUGUCUCUAUAUAUCUAGUUGUUCUCUCUCGUUUCUCUCUAUCUCCGAGCCUCUCCUCUCUCUAUCUCUCUCUAUCUGGGGGUAUCUCUCUGUGUGCCUCUCUCUCUCUCUCUCUCUCGUGUCUCUAUUCGUGUCUCUUCCUAUCGUGUCUCUCUCUCUCUCUCUCUCUGGUGUUUAUCUCUCGCUGAUAUGGGGUGUCUCUCUCUAUCUCUGGUGUGUCUACUCUUUUGGUGUGUUUCUAUAAUCUGGUGUGUCUCUCUCUCUAUGGUCUCUCUCUCUCUGGUGUGUGUCUCUCUCUCUGGUGUGUCUCUCUCUCUCUCUCUCUCUGGUGUGUCUCUCUCUCUCUGGUGUGUCUCUCUCUCUGGUGUCUCUCGCUCUCUGGUGUGUCCCUCUCUCUCUCUGGUGUGUCUCUCUCUCUCUCUCUGGUGUGUCUCUCUCUCUUGUGUCUCUCUCUCGUGUCUCUCUCUCUCUCUCUCUCUGGUGUGUCUCUCUCUCUCUCUCUCUGGUGUGUGUCUCUCUCUUUCUCUCUGGUGUCUCUCUCUCUCUCUCUCUCUGGUGUGUCUCUCUCUCUGGUGUGUGUCUCUCUCUCUCUCGUGUGUGUCUUUCUCUCGCUCGUGUGUCUCUCUAUCGUGUGUCUCUCCCUCUCUCUUGUGCGUGUGUCUUGUCUCUCUCUCGUGUGUGUCUCUCUCUCAAUUCAAUUCAAUAGACUUUAUUGACAUGGCAAGUUAAAUUACUUAUGUUAUCAAAGUAUACAUAUAACAAAAAUGGUGGGACCAACAGCAAUAAUAAUAGUAGUAGUGGAAAUGGGAUUACCAUUAACAGCAACAACGACAACAACAAUAUUAAUAACAAUACAUUAAAGCAAUAGUAGUCGACCAGUCUCAACAUGACUGAGAAGACACAUUACAUGGUAUGAAAGCCAAAACUAAACAGGAAAUAUUAUUAACAUUACACUUUUCACUGGCUGUCCCUCAGGUUGUGGCAGGAGGGCACAUUUUGGCUUUUAUAGUUUCAAGUUCUUUGUACUGAAUGAUAAUUUUGGGAAAGAAAGAUUCUGAGUAUUUGUCACAGUGUAAUAGGAAAUGCAGCUCUGUCUCUACCUCUCCCCGGGGACAGAGUGAACACAGCCUGUCCUUUCUGGGAAGCCAGGUUUGCCUGUGACGACCGGUCUCUAUAGCCAGACUGUGCUCACUGAGUCACUAGGCCAGUUGAAAACAAGUACUCAUUUACAACUGCGACCUGGCCAAGAUAAAGCAAAGCAGUGCGAUAAAAACACAGAGUUACACAUGGGAUAAACAAAAACAUACAGUCAAUAACACAAUAGAAAAUCUAUAUACAGUGUGUGCAAAUGUAGUAAGUUAUGGAGGUAAGGCAAUAAAUAGGCCAUAGUGAUAAUGUGCAGAAGUGCAAAUUAAUGCAAUAAAAUGCAAAUUAAUUACUUAAAAAUCAUACAAUGUGAUUUUCUGGAUUUUUGUUUUAGAUUCCGUCUCUCACAGUUGAAGUGUACCUAUGAUAAAAAUUAUAGACCUCUACAUGCUUUGUAAGUAGGAAAACCUGCAAAAUCGGCAGUGUAUCAAAUACUUAUUCUCCCCACUGUAUAUGUAGCACAGAGGAAGAUGUUUUUAUCUGUUAAGAUAGCCCUCCUUCUUGAUUUUUAGCCAGAUAAAUAAUUAUCCUGUUUUGAUCAAUUCGAUUGAAUUAGUUAGUUCAGAUUUAUACCAUAUUAGCAUUCCCCCUGAGUCUCUGCCCUGUGUGAUUCCUUUUAAUUUGGUGGAUGGUACGAUUAUCUCCCUAUAAAUUAGUGGACAGCCAGUGGAAACAUCACCUCUGCACCAUGUUUCCUGUAGUACUACAAUAUCAACAUCAUCAAUUUCUUUAAGGAUGUCUGGGUUUUUGCUCUUUAGCCCAAAAGCAGGGGACUUCAAUCCUUGUAAAUUCCAACAUGCAACGUAAAAAGAUUUCAUAACUGUUUUUACUUUACCUUCAAAAUGAGAUAAACACUCACAAUCCAACAAUAACUAUUAAAAUAGGAUUUUUACAAUUAACGUAAACUCUUGUUAUGCAAAUGUGAUUUGUUUAUCAUUUAAGAUAGCAUUUGUGUCAUGCCACUUGGGUGGAUGUUGUGUGAGGAUGGUGGAGUUCUUGUGCUCAUCUUACCAUGACCCUCGGCCUAUCACAUGUGAGCAUAGUAGGUUCAGCAUUUGUUUGAUGUCACUCAUUUGGUUGGUGGGUGCUGGGCUAGUUGCUCCUCUCACAGCUUGUGCAUAGCUCUGCCUGCCGGGGUGUGGCUCCUCCAGGUGUGGGUCUGUGGUGGGGGGGAGGGGGGUGUUAGGCCUUGUGCAUAGCUCUGCCUGCCGGGGUGUGGCUCCUCCAGGUGUGGGUCUGGGGUGGGGGGGAGGGGGGUGUUAGGCCUUGUGCAUAGCUCUGCCUGCCGGGGUGUGGCUCCUCCAGGUGUGGGUCUGCGGUGGGUGGGAGGAGGGUGUUAGGCCUCGUCUGGGUGGGUCUGUGUCACGAGAAUUUUGUUAUCUCAAUGGUUGAAGUCAACUACUUCUUAAAUCUUUGAAUACUUCCCAGAGGUGUAAAUCUCUAGUUUAAAUAAAUUAAACAAAGACCCCUUUCUGCAAUGGUCAGCCUUAAUUAAUGAGAGCGCUCUGCGACAAAAUGAUCGUACAAUAUUUUUAUACACACACGUCAGAGGAAAAAUCCCACCCUGCUUUAGGCGGGCUGUAUUUUUCCACUGUACACAUCUUGUAAGCUCACACCUGGGUUUAGCUCAUGUGGUUAUCCUCUGCUCUCCUGACCAUCAGGUCACACAUACACACAUAUGUUCUUAUCAUAGUUUACUCCUUGCUCGGGCAGGCUGCAUUUCUUCUCUAUUUUCAUACAUAGUUAUCUCACAAUAUCCUGCAAGCCUUUCACUCCCCUUCCCUGUGUGUUUUUGGAACCAGUCUCCUGUUAUUGGUUUCAAUUGUUUUGCACUUCUGCUUGCCUAAUUACAAGACACAAAUACUCUGUUGCUGGGCAAAUAUGCAUCUUAUAUAAACACAUUUGAUUAACUCUCUAAGCUCUAGUCUACUAAUAGUCAUACAUUAUUAGUUUAACUGAGGGUGUGACAUUUUAGUCAUAUCUUACUCACACAUUUCUUUAUCCGUCUGAAGCUGGGCUGGGGUGGUCUGUGCUGCGCUGGCUGUGGUGGGUAUUGAGGUUGGUGUGGCUGUGGGGUCCAGGGUGCUGGUCCGGGGUGUUGUCUCAGUGAUCUCGGGGGGGGGGUGGAGAUUGCUCUGCUGUUCCUGGGUGGAGAGGUCGGGAUGCGGUUUAAAGCGAAGUCCUUGAGAGUCUUAGCAAGGAUGGGGACUGUCUCCCUGUACAGGUGAACAUGGUCAUAGAGACAGUCCAGAUCAAGGGUGGGAUGGUGGGCCAGGUGUACAUUGGGUCGCAGGGCACAGUCCCGAGAGAGGCUGGCGUUUUAUGUAGAAGGGUUGACACCACGAUCCUUGAGUUGGGAAAGAUUGCGGAGGCCUUCUCAAUCACUCCCCGUAGUGAAGUCGCCACCCUCUCCUGCUGAGCACGCAGGUCGUUGCUUCCGGUGUGUAUGAUUAUGUGGCUUGGCGACCCGAGCUGGGCCUUAUCAAGCAGCGCCAUGGCACUCUGCAUUGUUGGGCACCACACCUUUCUCGUUUUGUGUCUAGGGAGGUGGGUCCUCUGCUGUGUGAGGUCAGGUCAUAGAGUGGUGAUCUAGCUGCUCCUGCAGCUCCUCUCUUAGUGUGGUCAGCUCGUUAUUACUGCUCUGCCUGUCUUUUUGGAGCUCUCUCACCUCCUUUGUUAGAUCAGCCAGCGCUCUCUUGAGUCCGUCUCUCUCUUGCUGAACUUCUUUCAGCUGUGUUGCAAGGCUGCUGUCCUGCUCUGUCCGCACCUUGGUUAGGAGCUCCUCUAAGGUGUGGAUGUCUGGUUGCUGUUUGCUCACACUCUCCCUGAGCAGGAUCACCUCCCCCUCCAGUUUGGUGAACUGAUCCCUCAUGGCAGCCAUGGUGGUGAGGAGGGCCUGAGCCUGCUCUGCACUGAGGGGGUUGCUCUCCUCCUGGGGCGUGUCCUCCACUAUGGUGGGAAGAGAGGUGCUGGAUGUGCCUUUUUGAGUGGGGAUAGUGGGGGUGAGGGUGGUGCUGGUGGAGUUUGUCUUGUGGGAGGGCAUGUCACUGGUGGUGUCCUCCUCUCUCUCUGCUCUCUCCUUAAUGGUCUGAAAGUCUGUUUCAAACAGCCUAAGGUUACCUUGCACCAUGACAGUCCCAGUCUUGUAGAGGUUGAUUUUUAUCAUGGUGCUGUCAGGGUCGUCUGUCUCGUUGACUUUCAGCUUCCACCCAUUACAGAUUCCCUCUUUCUUUAUGGCUGGGUAGUGAGAGCAGACUGCUGAGCGCCAUGCAUUUGGCUGGUCAGUGAGAAAGAUGAGAUUACUCACAUCACCGUUUUUGUAGAGGUCUGUGAAAAGGGUUUCUAGCCUCCCCUUUAGUAGAUUCUGUUUAAAAGCUUUCCUCGUUGUGUCAUAUUUGGCCUCUGGGGGUUAGAGAAUGGACUCAACGCUGAGGGGGAGUGGGGACAUGGUGCCUGUGGGCUCUGCUACUACUGCUGCUGCUCUGUUCUGCUGCACUGUUUUCUGGCUGGCUUGUUAGCCUGCUGGCUAGGUUUUUGUUGUGUAGCUAGCUAGCGAGAGUCAUCUCUUAAUUUGAGGCGCAAAGUUACUUUUUUAAAUAUUCUGAUUGAAUAGAGUUGUUGUUCAUCACUUCUUGUCUUGAAUUCUUUUUAUAUUCGAGUGUUUUAUCUCAUUCUAAAAACAAAAAACAACGCAAAUUAAUCAGAAGCUCAUGUUGAGCAUGUCUCUCCCUCCUCUCUCAAUUCAAUCUCUCUCUCUCUUGUGUGUUACUCUCUCUCGUGUGUGUCUCUCUCUCUCGUGUGUUUCUCUCUCUCUCUCUUGUGUGUCUCUCUCUUGUGUGUCUCUCUCUCGUGUGUGUCUCUCUCUCUCUCGUGUGUCUCUCUCUCGUGUGUCUCUCUCGUGUGUGUUACUCUCUCUCGUGUGUGUCUCUCUCUCUCUCGUGUGUGUCUCUCUCUCUCUCGUGUGUGUCUCUCUCUCUCUCGUGUGUGUCUCUCUCUCUCGUGUGUGUGUGUGUCUCUCUCUCUCUCUCGUGUGUCUCUCUCUCUCUCUCGUGUGUCUCUCUCGCUCGUGUGUGUGUGUCUCUGUGUGUGUCUCUCUUGUGUGUCUCUCUCUCUCUCUCAUAUGUCUCUCUCUCUCGUGUGUGUCGCUCUCUCUCGUGUGUGUCGCUCUCUCGUGUGUGUCGCUCUCUCUCGUGUGUGUCGCUCUCUCUCGUGUGUGUCGCUCUCUCUCGUGUGUGUGUGUCGCUCUCUCUCGUGUGUGUGUGUGUCGCUCUCUCUCGUGUGUGUGUGUGUGUCGCUCUCUCUCGUGUGUGUGUGUGUGUCGCGCUCUCUCGUGUGUGUGUGUGUCGCUCUCUCUCGUGUGUGUGUGUGUGUCGCUCUCUCUCGUGUGUGUGUGUGGUGUGUCCGCUCUCCUCUCGUGUGUGUGUGUGUGUGUCGCUCUCUCUCGUGUGUGUGUGUGUGUGUCGCUCUCUCUCGUGUGUGUGUGUGUGUCGCUCUCUCUCGUGUGUGUGUGUGUGUGUGUCGCUCUCUCUCGUGUGUGUGUUGUGUGUCGCUCUCUCUCUUGUGUGUGUGUGUGUCGCUCUCUCUCGUGUGUGUGUGUGUGUCGCUCUCUCUCGUGUGUGUGCGUCGCUCUCUCUCGUGUGUGUGUGUCGCUCUCUGUCGUGUGUGUGUGUCGCUCACUCUCGUGUGUGUCACUCUCUCGUGUUGUGUGUGUGUGUCGCUCUCUCGUGUGUGUGUCGCUCUCUCUCGUGUGUCGCUCUCUCUCGUGUGUGUGUGUGUCGCUCUCUCUCGUGUGUGUGUGUCGCUCUCUGUCGUGUGUGUGUGUCGCUCACUCUCGUGUGUGUCGCUCUCUCGUGUGUGUGUGUCGCUCUCUCUGUGUGUGUGUGUGUCGCUCUCUCUUGUGUGUGUGUGUCGCUCUCUGUCGUGUGUGUGUGUCGCUCUCUGUCGUGUGUGUGUGUGUCGCUCACUCUUGUGUGUGUGUCUCUCGUGUCUCUCUCUAGUCUCGUGGUCUACUCUCUUCGUGGUGUCGCUCUCUCUCUCGUGUGUCGCUCUCUCUCUCUCGUGUGUCGCUCUCUCUCUCUCGUGUGUCGCUAUCUCUCUCUCUCGUGUGUCGCUCUCUCUCGCUCGUGUGUCGCUCUCCUCGCUCGUGUGUCGCUCCUCUCGCUCGUGUGUCGCUCUCUCUCGCUCGUGUGUCGCUCUCUCUCGCUCGUGUGUCGCUCUCUCUCGCUCGUGUGUCGCUCUCUCUCGCUCGUGUGUCGCUCUCUCUGCUCGUGUGUCGCUCUCGCUCGUGUGUCGCUCUCUCUCGUGUGUGUCUGUUGCUCUUUCUCGUGUGUCUGUCGCUCUCUCGGGUGUGUGUGUGUCUCUCUCUCUCAUGUGUGUCUCUCUCGUGUCUCUCUUUCGUCUCUCGUGUGUCUCUCUCGUGUCUCUCUCUCUCUCGUGUCUCUCUCUUGUGUCUCCCUCUCGUGUGUGUGUCUCUCUCUCUCUCACUCUCUCAUGUGUCUCUGUGUGUUGCAGGUAUUUGACAACUAUGCUGUAACUGUAAUGAUAGGAGGGGAGCCCUACACCCUGGGCUUGUUUGACACUGCAGGUACAGUAUGCUCAUCUUCUGUGCCCUGUCUCAUUGCGUGUGUGUGUUGAGCUGAUGUUUAAGGUUCACUAAGCAGUAAUAGAGGGAGUAGCUGACCUCCUGGGACUGGUGUUAUAGAAACAGCCUCCCAUCAGCUGCAUUCUGUGUGUGUGUGGCCUGCAUAAGACAAAAGUAAAGCAACUAACAAGGGACUGCUCAGUGUCAGCUGUCAUAGGCAGCCUUGCUGUAUGAAGAAGGUACUUUCUGUAUCCAUAAGUGUCCAGUUAUCUGUGUCCUUUGAAAUGUUUGAAUCCUUCUCGACUGUAAUGUGAUUUGUGGAUUCAAAUAAAGUAUUUUAAAUGUGUUUAUUUUAGACUAGGGUGUGUCCUGGUGUCUAUAAAGUGGAGAGUUUUGGCUCUCUGCCUCAAUCUGAUCAAAAACACACUCUGCCUUCUCUGGAUGGCCUGAAUGCUGAUGCCAAUGUCCCUUAGUGUGUGUCGGUGUAUACAUGGAAGUGCAUGCAUGUUUAGAGUGUACCUAACAAAGGUUGUAACCCAUGUGUUCCAGGUGUGUGUGUGUGUGUAGGCUAACGCUGUGUGUUCUCUCUCCAGGUCAGGAGGACUACGACAGGUUAAGGCCUCUGAGUUAUCCCCAGACAGACGUCUUCCUCGUCUGUUUCUCCGUUGUAUCCCCCUCCUCCUUCGAAAACGUCAAAGAAAAGGUUGGCCUUCUCUCCCUCUUCUUCCAAUCUUCUGCUGCUGCCUCUCCUAGUCUCUCCUCCUCCCCAUGUCACUCACACACUCUCUAACCCGUGUGUGUGUGUUCCAGUGGGUACCAGAGAUCACCCACCACUGUCCAAAGACCCCGUUCCUGUUGGUGGGGACUCAGAUAGAUCUGCGAGAUGACCCGUCCACCAUAGAGAAGCUGGCCAAGAACAAGCAGAAGCCCAUCACUCUUGAGACAGCAGAGAAACUGGCCAAAGACCUCAAGGCCGUCAAAUAUGUGGAGUGCUCAGCCCUCACGCAGGUAAGACCACAGACACUGGAUUGCAAACACACAGACACAAUCCCCACGCAUGUAUGAGCAAAGAGGGACAUUUGCAACACGCCCCAGCCUAGCACAUGCAAGUCACUUCCACAUACACAAACACGUAAGAACAUCAUAGCUUGAGACACUCCCACACAUUUUCACAAUCCUGAAAUCACACAGGCCACUUGCAGGUAAGUUUUGUCUCUUCUCUCUGGUCAGCUGAAGUAAGCAGACAUUAAGAAAUGCCCCAUUUGUUUAAACGCUACAUAUCAUCUGUCACGGCUCAAAGAAACAAGAAAGUGGAGGGAAAACGGUACAUGCAGAUUGUUGGUCCACAGACUGACUGCGUGUUCUGAUCUGUGUGUUCAUCUGAAUCGAUACAGUAGCAGAAAUAGUUCUGAAAUCUGUCAAUAUGCAUAUUGUAUUGCGUACCCAUUAAGCCCACUUCCAUCUUUGGAUUCAAAUAAAAAACAAUGUUUCAACUAAUUCAUCUGGUUAUAUCGAUAACCUUUUUUAUUCUAAGCCAAUCGGAUGUUUUAUUAUACAUUUAUUCACUGUUAUGUGUAAGUUCCCACUACUGGACAAUUUCAAAGCUGCAAAAAAACUUUGGUGUUGAGGCUACCCUCAGAUAAGCACUUUUUCCCCAGAAAUGUUUAAUACCUUCUCCAAUAAGUGACCAUACUUUAUGUAAAAUUAAGAGAUCAAUGUGCUGAGAUAUGCACAUGAGCAUUCAUGACUAUUUCUUGCCAAUAGAAAAUAUGGGUUUUUCAUGCUAGCAGUCGUGCCUGCAUGUCAGUUACACAGUAGCAACAUAACUUGGUGAACUACAACAAGAUAAUAGAUUUCAGGCAUUCACAGCUUACAUUUUAAAAUGUGUUUAGUCUUAUUUUACUGUUAAAUUAACCCUGCAUUGUUAUACAUAGAUGCCAUUUUUGUAAAUUUCACAUUUAUCUCAGGUGUGCUUAAAGAAUACAGUAGCACAAAAAGCACCCCCUCUAUACAGAAUGUAAAUGACAAUAAAGCAAUAUUGUUCAAUAUGAUCAAUACUAGCUAUGCAUAAUAUUGUAGUCUAUAGUGUAUAUUUACACCCCAAAUAUUUUAUGAGUAGACUUUACUAUUGUCUUUCACUGUUGUUCCAGUUAAGCCCAGUAUGCUCCUAUUAAGCCCGGUUUGCAUUGAAACACAUGGGGAUAGUGUGUUGAUAUCACUAACAUUCAAUGAACAUGAGCAUUAAUGUUUUUUUGUUCAGAUUGAAGUUGAUUAAAACACAUACAUCUACAGUUAUGCAUCUAGCCUUGGUGCCUUUACCAACAUUAGAAGCCUCUGUACUCUCCAAGACUUUUGGAGUGGACAGGUAGUCAUUGAUGCAGAGAGAGUAGAAUAAGAUCAGGCUUGAGGGAUAUCAGGGAUAGAAGACAUACAAGUGGUGGACAAAUGCAAUCAAAUGAGGGAGAAGAUGACUAUUGGGCAACUACUCAUGCACUUUUGGGUGGGGGCAUUGUCAUAUUGUUGUCUUUCAUUCAUCCAUGUGAUUCUGUUUUUUGGUCCACCACCUGUACCUUUUUAAAACACAGUAGAGGGAGAUUUGAAACCGUCUUCAGAUAGGCUUUAGGAAGACAAAUUGAACUAAUUAACAAGAAUAGCAGUACAGCAAAUGUGAAUCAGCUUUCAGAUAAUUUAUUGAAAGUUGUGUGUGUUAUGGUCUUUGUUGCAUGGUUUCUUAUCCACAGAGGGCCAGUGUGGGUGCAGGUUUGUGUUCUAACCAGGCAACUAAUCAUGUCUUGAUUGAAGUCUAUGAUUAGUUGAAUCAGGUGUGUACUGGUUGGCAAGAACAAAAUUCUAAGUGCACAUUGAUCUCUGUGGAUACUAUUGGACACCCCCCUGUUAUAAGUGCUACUUUCAUGAUGGAUAGAAAUGAUUAGUUUAUUUUAAUAACUUUAUGGGAAGAUUAGUAUAAUCUAAUUUUACUUAUAAACUGGAUGGUUCAAGCCCUGAAUUCUGAUUGGCUGACAGCCGUGGUAUAUCAGACCGUAUACCCCAGGUAUGACAAAACAUUUUAUUUUUACUGCUCUAAUUACGUUGGUAACCAGUUUAUAAUAGCAGAAAGGCACCUCGGGGGUUUGUGGUAUAUGGCCAAUAUACCACGACUAAGGGCUAUAUAAGAACAGCCUUUAGCCGUGGUAUAUUGGCCAUAUACCACACCCCCUCGUGCCUUAUUGAUUGAAUAAGAAAUGUAAGUUUGUACGUUUUGAAAUUAAUUAAAAUUGAUCAUUUUAAGAGGUGGGCUUAUUUGGAACACCUAUGGGUUUAAAGGAUACGCUCUGUACCCAUUAAGCCUAGUCUGGAAUUUUCACAUUUUGUCUGAUGUUUUUACAUAUACAGUGGGGAGAACAAGUAUUUGAUACACUGCCGAUUUUGCAGGUUUUCCUACUUACAAAGCAUGUAGAGGUCUGUAAUUUUUAUCAUAGGUACACUUCAACUGUGAGAGACGGAAUCUAAAACAAAAAUCCAGAAAAUCACAUUGUAUGAUUUUUAAGUAAUUAAUUUGCAUUUUAUUGCAUGACAUAAGUAUUUGAUCACCUACCAACCAGUAAGAAUUGCGGCUCUCACAGACCUGUUAGUUUUUAUUUAAGAAGCCCUCCUGUUCUCCACUCAUUACCUGUAUUAACUGCACCUGUUUGAACUCGUUACCUGUAUAAAAGACACCUGUCCACACACUCAAUCAAACAGACUCCAACCUCUCCACAAUGGCCAAGACCAGAGAGCUGUGUAAGGAUAUCAGGGAUAAAAUUGUAGACCUGCACAAGGCUGGGAUGGGCUACAGGACAAUAGGCAAGCAGCUUGGUGAGAAGGCAACAACUGUUGGCGCAAUUAUUAGAAAUAGGAAGAAGUUCAAGAUGACCGUCAAUCACCCUCGUUCUGGUGCUCCAUGCAAGAUCUCACCUCGUCGGGCAUCAAUAAUCAUGAGGAAGGUGAGGGAUCAGCCCAGAACUACACGGCAGGACCUGGUCAAUGACCUGAAGAGAGCUGGGACCACAGUCUCAAAGAAAACCAUUAGUAACACACUACGCUGUCAUAGAUUAAAAUCCUGCAGCGCACGCAAGGUCCCCCUGCUCAAGCCAGCGCAUGUCCAGGCCCGUCUGAAGUUUGCCAAUGACCAUCUGGAUGAUCCAGAGGAGGAAUGGGAGAAGGUCAUGUGGUCUGAUGAGACAAAAAUAUAGCUUUUUGGUCUAAACUCCACUCGCUGUGUUUGGAGGAAGAAGAAGGAUGAGUACAACCCCAAGAACACCAUCCCAUCCGUGAAGUAUGGAGGUGGAAACAUCAUUCUUUGGGGAUGCUUUUCUGCAAAGGGGACAGGACGACUGCACCGUAUUGAGGGGAGGAUGGAUGGGGCCAUGUAUCGCAAGAUCUUGGCCAACAACCUCCUUCCCUCAGUAAGAGCAUUGAAGAUGGGUCGUGGCUGGGUCUUCCAGCAUGACAACGACCCGAAACACACAGCCAGGCAACUAAGGAGUGGCUCCGUAAGAAGCAUCUCAAGGUCCUGGAGUGGCCUAGCCAGUCUCCAGACCUGAACCCAAUAUAAAAUCUUUGGAGGGAGCUGAAAGUCCGUAUUGCCCAGCGACAGCCCCGAAACCUGAACGAUCUGGAGAAGGUCUGUAUGGAGGAAUGGGCAAAUAUCCCUGCUGCAGUGUGUGCAAACCUGGUCAAGACCUACAGGAAAUGUAUGAUCUCUGUAAUUGCAAAAAAAAAAAGGUUUCUGUACCAAAUAAUAAGUUUGGUUUCAGUUUCUGAUGUAUCAAAUACAUACGUCAUGCAAUAAAAUGCAAAUUAAUUCCGUCUCUCACAGUUGAAGUGUACCUAUGAUAAAAAUUACAGACCUCUACAUGCUUUGUAAGUAGGAAAACCUGCAAAAUCGGCAGUGUAUCAAAUACUUGUUCUCCCCACUGUGUGUGUGUGUGUGUAUAUGUAUAUGUAUAUAUAUAUGUAUAUAUAUAUAUGUGUAUAUAUAUUAUAUAUAUAUAUAGUAUUAUAUAUAUUUAUAUAUAUAUAUGUGUAUAUAUAUAUUAUAUAUAUAUAUAUAUAUAUAUAUAUAUAUAUAUAUAUAUAUAUAUACACACACUACAAUGUAGUAACCAAAAAAGUGUUAAACAAAUCAAAAUAUAUUUUAGAUUUUAGAUUCUUCAAAGUAGCCACCCUUUGCCUUGAUAACAGCUUUGCACACUCUUGGCAUUCUCUCAACCAGCUUCAUGAGGUAGUCACCUGGAAUGCAUUUCAAUUAACAGGUGUGCCGCCUUCAAAGUUAAUUUGUGGAAUUUCUUUCCUUAAUGCGUUUGAGCCAAUCAGUUGUGUUGUGACAAGGUAGGGGGGUAUACAGAAGAUAGCCCUAUUUGUUACAAGAACAGCUCAAAUAAGCAAAGAGAAACGACAGUCCAUCAUUACUUUAAGACAUGAAGGUCCGUCAAUACAGACAAUUUCAAGUGCAGUAGCAAAAACCAUCAAGCACUAUGAUGAAACUGGUUCUCAUGAGGACCGCCACAGGAAUGGAAGACCCAGAGUUACCUCUGCUGCAGAGGAUAAGUUCAUUAGAGUUACCAGCCUCAGAAAUUGCAGCCCAAAUAAAUGCUUCAGAGUUCAAGUAACAGACACAUCUCAACAUCAACUGUUCAGUGGAGACUGUGUGAAUCAGGCCUUCAUGGUCGAAUUGCUGCAAAGAAACCAGUACUAAAGGACACCAAUAAUAAGAAGAGACUUGCUUGGGCCAAGAAACACGAGCAAUGGACAUUAGACUGGUGGAAAUGUGUCCUUUGGUCUGGAGUCCAAAUUGGAGAUUUGUGGUUCCAACCGCCGUGUCUUUGUGAGAUGCGGUGUGGGUGAACGGAUUAUCUCUGCAUGUGUAUUUCCCACCGUAAAGCAUGGAGGUGGUGUUUUGGUGUGGGGGUGCUUUGCUGGUGACACGGUCUGUGAUUUAUUUAGAAUUCAAGACACACUUAACCAGCAUGGCUACCACAGCAUUCUGCAGCGAUACGCCAUCCCAUCUGGUUUGGGCUUAGUGGGACUAUCAUUUGUUUUUCAACAGGACAAUGACCCAACACAACUCCAGGCUGUGUAAGAGCUAUUUUACCAAGACUGAGAGUGAUGGAGUGCUGCAUCAGAUGACCUGGCCUCCAGAAUCCCCCAACCUCAACCCAAUUGAGAUGAGUCGUACGGCAGAGUGAAGGAAAAGCAGCCAACAAGUGCUCCGCAUAUGUGUGAACUCCUUCAAGACUAUUGGAAAAGCAUUCCAGGUGAAGCUGGUUGAGAGAAUGCCAAGAGUGUGCAAAGCUGUCAUCAAGGCAAAGGGUGGCUAUUUGAAGAAUCUCAAAUAUAAAAUAAAUUUUGAUUUGUUUAACACUUCUUUGGUUACUGCAUGAUUCCAUAUGUGUUACUUCAUAAUUUUGAUGUCUCUGCUAUUAUUCUACAAUGUAGAAAAUAGUACAAAUAAAGAAAAACCCUGGAAUAAGUAGGUGUGUCCAAACUUUUCACUGGUGCUGUAUAUAUAUUUUAAAAGUAAAGUCAUAAAACUUAAUUAAUCUUUAAUUUUAUAUCAACUUCUCUUACAAAAAUGAGGGCAGUAUAUGUUAGAAAUGUCUUAACUUAGAUUCUGGUUGGCUUAAUAGGUACUCUUACCCUAUAAAUCCACAUAUAUGGCCUAGCCUUAUUCUAAGUAGAGCAGCUACUGUCAGCAGUCUAUCAGUUGUCUUCUUGAGCUGCACCAACAACGAACGUCGAACUCUUGGCAGUAAAACAUAGUAUUGGCAAACGUCUAUUAUAUUAACAGACUGUCAUUUAGAUGGAGAAAUGUAGUCCUUGUUAUCAUUCCGUUGAGCUCAUAAGACAGGGAUAGGCAACUUGUCGGAGAGGAUGGUCGGGGGCCGGAACAUAAUUAUAAUGAUUUGUAAACUGCAAAUUGACCACAACUAAGCCCAAAAAGAGAUUGUAUUUGAAAAUAACAAAAAUGUCAUACCUUCAUUACAUUGAGACACGAUCACGUCUCUUUUUUUGUAAUUCUUGGGAAUAAUUGGGAACAGAAUGACUAAAUUAAACACAUUUUUCCUGGUGAUGUUACGGUCUAUUUUGAGCAAAAAAUAAAAUCUGGCCUGUUGCCGACCACAGUCAUAAGAGAUUGGAAAACUGAAGGAGUACAGCUAUCACCUCCCUCUCAUACGGCUAUCUUGUGCCCUAUGGUGUUACUCGAGGGCUUUACUGUAAAUGGAAACAAUGGGCCCUAGUGGAUCUAAACUGUUGCCAAGUUUAGGUCUCCCUCCCCAACCCCAUCUUGUCUCUCUUCCUCUCCUGCCCCCUUCCUUCCUCUCUCUAGACCAGCUUCCCCUAGCGUGUGAAGUGCUGAUGCAAUAUCCUGUUUCCUGUGUGACUGUUCUGCCUGUCAGUCAGAAGUUGCCCAUAACCACUGGUCCUGGGUCAGAUGUUUUAUGCACCUGAGAGUGAAGGUUGGGACAGGGGGGUAGGGUAAUUUAAUCCUAGAUCUGUGGGUCAGGGAAACUUCUAUCUCAAGCGCUUCAGCGCUGAUCUCGCAGGGCAGUAUCUCCAUAGUCAUUUUUACAUUUACAUUUUAGUAAUUUAGCAGACGCUCUUAUCCAGAGCGACUUACAGUGAGGGGAAAAAAGUAUUUGAUCCCCUGCUGAUUUUGUACGUUUGCCCACUGACAAAGAAAUGAUCAGUCUAUAAUUUUAAUGUUAGGGUUAUUUGAAUAGUGAGAGACAGAAUAACAACAAAACAAUCCAGAAAAACGCAUGUCAAAAAUGUUAUAAAUUGAUUUGCAUUUUAAUGAGGGAAAUAAGUAUUUGACCCCUCUGCAAAACAUGACAAUCACAGAGGUCAGACGUUUCUUGUAGUUGGCCACCAGGUUUGCACACAUCUCAGGAGGGAUUUUGUCCCACUCCUCUUUGCAGAUCUUCUCCAAGUCAUUAAGGUUUCGAGCCUGACGUUUGGCAACUCGAACCUUCAGCUCCCUCCACAGAUUUUCUAUGGGAUUAAGGUCUGGAGACUGGCUAGGCCACUCCAGGACCUUAAUGUGCUUCUUCUUGAGCCACUCCUUUGUUGCCUUGGCCAUGUGUUUUGGGUCAUUGUCAUGCUGGAAUAGCCGUCCACGACCCAUUUUCAAUGCCCUGGCUGAGGGAAGGAGGUUCUCACCCAAGAUUUGACGGUACAUGGCCCCGUCCAUCGUCCCUUUGAUGUGGUGAAGUUGUCCUGUCCCCUUAGCAGAAAAACACAAUGAUCAUUGACAAGAUCCUCCCAUGUAGUUCUGGGCUGAUUCCUCACCGUUCUCAUGAUCAUUGCAACUCCACGAGAUGAGAUCUUGCAUGGAGCCCCAGGCCGAGGGAGAUUGACAGUUAUUUUGUGUUUCUUCCAUUUGCGAAUAAUCGCACCAACUGUUGUCACCUUCUCACCAAGCUGCUUGGCGAUGGUCUUGUAGCCCAUUCCAAUCUUGUCCCUGACAUCCUUGGAGAGCUCUUUGGUCUUGGCCAUGGUGGAGAGUUUGGAAUCUGAUUGAUUGAUUGCUUCUGUGGACAGGUGUCUUUUAUACAGGUAACAAGCUGAGAUUAGGAGCACUCCCUUUAAGAGUGUGCUCCUGAUCUCAGCUCGUUACCUGUAUAAAAGACACCUGGGAGCUAGAAAUCUUUCUGAUUGAGAGGGGGUCAAAUACUUAUUUCCCUCAUUAAAAUGCAUAUCAAUUUAUAACAUUUUUGACGUACGAUUUUCUGGAUAUUUUUUUUGUUAUUCUGUCUCUCACUGUUCAAAUAAACCUACCAUUAAAAUUAUAGACUGAUCAUUUCUUUGUCAGUGGGCAAACGUACAAAAUCAGCAAGGGAUCAAAUACUUUUCCCCUCACUGUACAUGAGCAAUUAGGGUUAAGUGCCUUGCUUAAGGGCACAUCGACAGAUUUUUCACCUAGUCGGCUCGGGGAUUAGAACCCCUUUCGGUUACUGGCUCUUACCCACUAAGCUACCUGCCGCCCUUCAUCUCCUCUACCAACUUUAGCUAAUGUUUUACAGUAGAUCUAUCUUCUAGUCUUCUUUAGUCUCCUAGUGCUCUGUUCUUAGAUUUUCUACACAAUGUUGCCUGCACUUUUUCUCUCUUUUUCUUAUACCCUCUCUCCCUCUGUAUUUUCCCCUUAAUUUCUUCUUCCCUCUCUACUUCCCCUUCUCUCUUUUUCUCUUUUCCACUCCCUCUCCUCUUUUCUCUUUUCCACUCCCUCUCCCUUCUUCUCUUUUCCACUCCCUCUCCCUUCUUCUCUUUUCCACUCCCUCUCCCUUCUUCUCUUUUCCACUCCCUCUCCCUUUUUCUCUUUUCCACUCCCUCUCCCUUUUUCUCUUUUCCACUCCCUCUCCUCUUUUCUUGUCUCUUCUUCUCUCUGCUCAUCUCGACCCUUUUUCUCUGUUUGCUGUGCUAACUGUGCUGUCAUUUUCUCCCCUCCCCUUUGUCGUUAUAGCGAGGGCUGAAGAAUGUAUUUGAUGAAGCUAUCCUAGCCGCCCUAGAGCCACCAGAGACGCAAAGAAAGAGGAAGUGCUGUAUAUUCUAAAGUCUCCUCUCCUCCUUUCUCUCCAAUUGUCUGCUGCUUCCUUUUAGUUUAAACCUCUGUCCUCGUUUUACCCAACCAACCACCUCUUAAAGCUAUCCCCUGUAUCCACUCCCCCUUUACGACAGUGUUACUUUCUAUUGAGUGUGUGCCAUGGCUGUUCCUUCCCUCUCCUUUUUGUUUACUUGUCCUCAUGGGCCUUACUGUGCCUGAAGGACUGUGUCCGUUGCUCUUGGGUUAUCUCAGAUGUAACAAUGCUGAUAUUGGGUUUGGUUUAGUUAAUCACAUCACUUAUUCUCCCUGGGCAAAUCUCAAAUGACACCCUAUUACCCAUAGUGGACCAAGUAGUGUACUUUGGGAAUUAGGAUGUGAUUUGAGACACGGCCCAUGUCUCUUCUUCUUUGGUUAGUGCUUCUCCUCCCACUGUUAUGGUAUUGUUUGGAGAGUCCAGAGCUAAGUGAGUGUCUGAUUUACUUGGCUCCACAGCAUUGUGAUUUAAGCACCAAUUCUACGAGCCUCCAUGAUUCCUAAUGUUCAUGUAUUUUUUGUACUACUACUGCUGGUGUAUGACAAGACUCCGAGGUCUGACCAUGGUGACAUUUAGGGCUGUCAAGUGCCAGAGCCACAUAUAGAGAGUUUGGCCAUCCUGGAUUCAACCGAAAAGCAUUACAACAGCACUAUUAGAUAAUAUCACGGCAGCCAUGUUGGCACCUUUUGGGCAGUAUUGCCUGAUGACAGACCAUGGAAUUUUGAGAACUUUAAAGCCAAACUUGCAAAGGGUAGCAAUAGAAUUAGAGCUAGAACCCAAGUAGCCAUCCUAAAUGGAGUCCUCAGAGGCAGCAUCAUGGUGUCCAGCUCUAAAACUGGCCAAACUCUCUAUGUACCACUCUGUAAUGUUCCAUUGCUGCAGUUCAUAUCUAGCCAUCUUGGGAGUUUAAAAAUAUUAAAAAGCGAAUAUAAUUAUGUGGAAUUAUUUGUGAAAUUAAUGAAUAAAGGACUUCUGAAAUUGCUAUCCUUUUCCUCUGCCUCUCUUUUCCUCUAUCUAUGGGUACAGCUGGAUAGCAGCUCUAUAGUGCUAGAUGGUAUGGCUGCAAAGCCUCCUAGACCAAUAUGAUUGUUGUUUGUUGCAUAUUUAGAGCCUAAUCUCUGGGUAAAACCUGAGUCUUGCCAUAUGUUUUCUAUAGGGUUUCUAGAGUUUCCCUGAACAGAGGGAUACAGGGGUUUCCUGCUCUGCUUUGGUCAUAAAGCUGUAUUGUACCACUCUCACAUGACAUGGCCUAAGGCAUUCUUUCCAAUCCUAAACUGCUCUACCAACAAAUAAUGAGAGCAGAAACGUGCUGCUGUGACUAAUUCCAUGUGUAAUUUGCAAAAGGCAGGGGAAGUUCCUGCUAACAGUAGGCUACUUUGUGAUCAGCGUAAACCUGUGUGUGUUGUCUCUCAACACCUUUUGAUUUUAGUGGUCUGACUUUGGUGUGGUUGUUUAUACUUGAAUUCCCUUGGGCCUUGUGUGUGUGUGUGUGUGUGUGUGUGUUAUGCAGUGUAUGUGUCUCUGAACCCAUGUCCUCUCGUACCUCCACUUUCUUGUUUGCCCGGCAUUUGUUUUGAACGCUCACUGCCCAUUCCAACUUCACUUUGACAUGAAUCAAUGCAGGUAGUUUUACUAUUUUCCUUGGUUUAUAAUAUCCUUGUUAAUUUCCAGCCCUCUCUGUGAGGAUGAAGUACCCAGAGUUUUUAUUUGCUUUGAUGUCCAAUGCUAUGUUUUAGUUUGCACUUGAUCAUUUGACCCAUGUGUGUUCUAUUAAGUUGAAUGCCCCUCUGUAUUCAUGCUAUUUUGUGUGUGUGUUGCCCCUUCAUUGAGCCUGUGUGUGUUGCACCCUUCAUUGAGCCUGUGUGUGUGUUGCACCCUUCAUUGAGCCUGUGUGUUGCACCCUUCAUUGAGCCUGUGUGUGUGUUGCCCCUUCAUUGAGCCUGUGUGUGUGUUGCACCCUUCAUUGAGCCUGUGUGUGUGUUGCACCCUUCAUUGAGCCUGUGUGUGUGUUGCCCCUUCAUUGAGCCUGUGUGUGUGUGUUGCCCCUUCAUUGAGCCUGUGUGUGUGUUGCCCCUUCAUUGAGCCUUUGUGUGUGUUGCACCCUUCAUUGAGCCUGUGUGUGUUGCCCCUUCAUUGAGCCUGUGUGUGUGUUGCCCCUUCAUUGAGCCUGUGUGUGUGUUGCACCCUUCAUUGAGCCUGAAUGUUUGUGUUUGUAUCCACAGAAAGGCCUAAAGAAUGUGUUUGAUGAGGCGAUACUGGCUGCGUUGGAGCCACCCGAGCCCAAGAAGAAACGCAAAUGUGUACUGCUAUGA